AUGCGCAGCACUGCACUGAUCAACAAUGUUUAAAGGAAACUCUUGGACAAUGAUGAGGAUCUUAAAGAAAAAAAGAGUAAUGCAAUAGAAUUCAUUAACAAAAUGCAAUAAACUAAAGAGGGCUAUCAGUUCUUGUUAGAUUCAGCUGAAAAAGCUGGCAUUUACACUCGUAAAAGAUAGCUUUCACGAUCUACUCUUGCAAACAGCUAUUAUUUCGAGCAUAUCCAUGAUCAAAAUAUUGAGUAGCAUCAGAAAUUAGUCAAUAUUAAAAGUGAUCGUGAGUAGAACUAUCUUCCAAUAGAAGAAAUAUAGAUGAAAAAGAAAGAUCACACCAAAAGAGUAGACUACUAUAUGAAUGUUUUACCUGAUGAAAGUGAUUUCAAGUUAAGAACUGAUCUUUAGCAUGAGCUAUCGCAACUUACAAGUGAAGACAUUAACGAAGAUAAAAAAUUGAGAAGUGAAGAGAAACCUAAAACAUAGGAGUAGAAAACUAGAAAUAUUAGGUAGUAAAUCUUAUCGAAUGUAAUUAAGAAUAAUGGCUCUCCAUUGAAAUUAGAGAUUUUUGACAACAAUAUUAUGGAUGCAAAAUAGUCCAGAGAAAGCAAGACAAAUAUAAACAGCAGCACAAAAGAGAAAAUGUCAAAAAUCUUAAAGAGAAGAGGAACUGCUUAUAUACCUGAGGCUGAUACUGGGCUAAACUAAAUUGAGGAAAAAUCUUUUCUGGGAUAUGAAAAGUCUUAAGAUAAAACAGUCUCAGUACUAGAAUAAAAAUCUUAAGAAGACAUUCCCUCAAGAUAGCAGAUUAAUGGUAUUCAUAACAGAUCUCCAACAAUUAGACAAUCAACUGUCCUUUAUAGUAAAAAGAGGUAAACAGUAGCCUAAUCCAGAGCAUCUGGGGUUAGUUCCCAAUUGUCGUAAAAUAAUAACCAAAUUGGCCUUAUACUUUAAAGUCUAGAAUAGAGCAAGGCCUUUUAAGGCUUUUUUCUUAAGUUAGCUGAAGAUGAUAGUGCUUUGAGAUGGAGCAAGUUAAACAGAAACACUUUUAAGCAAUUUCUUUAGGAUAGAUAUGGUAGAAAGAUUAGUGAGAGAAUGAUUACAUAUAUAGAGGCCAAUUUUGGUACCUUAUAUCGAAUUGAAUUCAAAGCUUUUAUAAGGAUCAUUAGAGAUUUCAUUAAAAGUGGCCCAGCCACUUGGUAGAAGUUCACAUUCACAUCUUUUAAUAUAACUGGGAAUAAUUAGCUUUGUGAACAUGAUAUGUUUUAAAUCUUAGAGUAAUUCAGACAGAGAGACGUUAUAUAUUUCUAUAAAGAGCUAUUCAAUAAACAGCAGAUUUCAAACAACUAUAGAGAAGCAUGUGAUGAUUCUGAUAAAAUAUUCUUUGAUGGAUUUAAUUAAGAUUUCGCCAAGAUUUCUUAAGCUUUUAAUGACAAGCGGUAUCAAUAAGGUAAAGUGACUGGAGAUAAUAAUGAGUUAAAAAGAAUGAUGCUUUCUUAGCAAUAGCAAUAAUCCUCUAAUCUCUUAUCGAGUAAAACGACUGCAAACUUUGGGAAAUAAUAAUCCAUAUCCCCAAGAGGAAAUCCAUUCAAAUUUUAGAUAGAAUAAGACAGCAAUAGAAGAUCAAGAAUGAAAAAUCUCAGUCAUGAUAAUACCUUUAUAACGAGAACUAAUGAUCAUGAAGCAGAAAAUAAUGGAAGUCCCCCUGCUGUUAACUAGUUGUAGAUAAGCUUAGGCAAAAGCUUGAACAAUUAGUUCAAAAGCAUAUUAAAGGAUAAUGAGAGUAAGUUUGAUCACUUCAAGGAUAAGUCGAAUAGUUGCAUGAAAAUAAGUAUGGAUGACUUUGUGACCCAGAUUAAAUUCGAGAACAAUCUUCCUUAACUUGCAAUGGAUUUCAUUAGACAUAUUACUCUUGGCAUAAUUAACUUGAGAGAAAUAGCUGCAAAUCAAAACAGAGAUGACAAAAAUUUUGCUAUUCAAGCUAUUUAGAAAAGACAUACUAUCAGAAGAUAUGAUAAUCAAUCAGACUUUGAUCUCGAGGAUGAGCAAUACAUUAAAAACAUUUAGAAUAUAGCAGCCAAUAACAAAUCUAUUUAUUUGAUCACUAAUCAAUCAGCCUAGGCAAAGUCAUAGAAAUUCGUCCUCUACUUUGUGAAAUAACUUCUUAAAAAAGACUAUGACUACGUUUUAAAAAGUUUUAAAGACCUCUCAGCGAAUCCAGAUGAGCCAGACAUUAUUAAAAUAUAUUUAACCCAGUAAUCUGUUGAGAAAAACAUGGGGACUCAAAUUGAAAAAGACAGACUAGUGUUUAACUUUUAUGAUUAUGAUAGAGAUGGAGUCCUUAAUGGUCUAGAUUUACUUAACUUAGUAGACAAUUUUCCUAAGGGAAGUCUGAUCUAUUAGGAAGUGAGAUUAGUUAGUGAUUUAUAUGUUAAGAGGACUAUGAUUACAAAGCCAAGAUAACCUGUUGAUUUUCUGAAAUUUGAGAAGUUUAGGGUGAUGGUGCUACCUAUGAUAUAUGAAGAUUUAAAAAUGCAGGAAAGCAUAAUCUUGCAAGAAUUAAAAAACAAGCUUAGGAGGACGAUGGAUUGUCCUAAUUUUUUCGAGAUUUGA